AUGGGCUUCGCUUCCUCUCUUCUGAUGCUGGGCGUCGUCCCCCAGCUGCUGGUUGCGGCACAUGUCCUCCAGGCCCGCCAGAGCGUGUCCUGCGACUUCGCUACUGCCGCCAACACUGGCGACACUUGCGCAUCCUUUGCUGCCGCGUGGGGCAUCACCGAGGCCGCCUUUGCGAAGCUCAACCCCGGUGUCUCUUGCCCCGGCAACCUGAUCGCCGGCAGCGAGUACUGUGUCAUUGGCACCGUGUCCACAGGCGCUCCCACUACGACCAAGGCCGCUACUACCUCAACCACGCCACCCACUACUACUACUACAACCAAGGCGACCACUCUGUCGACCUCGACCACCUCGGUCUCGCCUACGGGCCCUUCGCCUCAGAUGCCCAGUAUCACGAGCACGUGCAACAAGUUCUACCAGGUCCAGUCCGGCGACGGCUGCUGGUCUAUCGAACAGGCGCAGGGCGUCUCUGCCUCCGACUUCAUGGCUUGGAACAAGGCUGUCGACGCCCAGUGCGACAACCUCUGGCUGGGCUACUACGUCUGCGUAGGCGUCAAGGGUGGCUCCUCUCCCCCGCCUACAACCACCACCAAGCCGGCCAGCUCCUCCGCCCCGACUCCCCAGAUGCCUAAUACCGUUAGCAACUGUAAAAAGUUCCACAAGGUCGUGUCUGGCGACGGCUGCUGGGCCAUUGAGCAAGCCGCGGGCAUCAGCGCCUCGGACUUUGCCAAGUGGAAUCCCUACGUUGACGCCGCUUGCGACAAUUUGUGGCUUGGCUACUACGUCUGCAUUGGUGUGUGAGAGGAGAUCUAGUAUAGAUACUCGGACGUCUUUUAGCAUUUAG